GUGCGGUGGGUGAAUAACGUCUCUAGGCAACAAUGUGUCAACACACAGCCAGUACAGACAGCUCCAUCGAUGAGAGGUUAAAUUAACAUCGACAUGUACAAGAGCUACCAGCCCUUUAAUCCUGUCGCCAACCAUUUGCAGCAGAAAUGGCAAUCCAGACGCUAUUCAAACCACCUCGACAAGGUGCAAUUUGCCCACCCUGUAGUGGACACCAGGAGAAGGCGCAAAUCAGCAAAUUCCCAGUGUAAAAUGAAGAGAUUGCAGGAUCGACGACUGUCUGCUGCCAGGAGAGACAAUUGUCUUUUGGCUUCCAGGAUGAGAGACGAUCGUCUUUUGGCUUCCAGGAUGGCUAACAUCAAAAGCACAGUGAAUGACAGGAAUGAAUACUACUUUAAAAGUAUGAAUACUAGAAAAAGGAAGCAGGAUCUUAUGGUUAUCAGUGAGGAAAAUCAGGCCAUGUACCAACGAAUCUUAUCCCGAAAGUCGGUGUACUGCCGAGAGCAUUUUCUGGGUGACUGGAUGAAGACAAAGAUCUUGCGACAACACCUCUCCCGGUAUCCUAGGGAACAAGCAACUAAACAGAGACUGGAAAGGAAAGAGAAGAUGGUGUCCUUUGACAAACAAGACCAGUCUUCAAGCAAGUCAACCACUGGCAGAACCAAAGAAAUUCCUAGAGACCAUUUGAUUGCUGGCAAAAGGAAGCAGGAUCUUGUGGUUGUCGGUUGGCAAAAUCAAGCCAUGUACCAACGACGCCCAACCUACAAGUCUGAGUUCUCCCGAGAGCAGUUGUUGCGUGAUUGGAAAAAGAAGCAGCUCUUGCGACAACACCUCUCCCGGUACACCAGGGAACAAGCAACUAAACAGAGACUGGAAAGGAAAGAGAAGAUGGUGACCUUUGACAAAAAAGACCAGUCUUCAAGCAAGUCAACCACUGGCAGAAGCAAAGAAAUUCCUAGAGACCAUUUGAAUGCUGGCAAAAGGAAGCAGGAUCUUGUGUUUAUCGGUGGGCAAAAUCAGGCCAUGUACCAACGACGCCCACCCUACAAGUCUGAGUUCUCCCGAGAGCAUUGGUUGCCUGAAUGGAAAAAGACGGAGCUCUUGCGACAACACCUCUCCCGGUACGCCAGGGAACAAGCAACUAAACAGAGACUGGAAAGGAAAGAGAAGAUGGUGACCUUUGACAAAAAAGACCAGUCUUCAAGCAAGUCAACCACUGGCAGAAGCAAAGGAAUUUCUUCAGACCAGUAAAGCUCACAACUGAUAUUGAGAUGUUUUGCAAAUUCUGCUUUGACAUUUUAUACAAACAACAUGCUGCCACUAGGCCUCAUUGUCUAAAACCCUUAAGUGGCCUACAUCAUCUACAUCACAUGACAUGCAGCACUCUGUGUUUUGGAAGCAAAUAAGACAAGACAUAAUAUUUUUUAUUUAUCAUAAUUUAUCAUAAGGAACAUAAAAUUACAGUGGUAUCCUCAGUUAUGAAUAAAUACAUUUUUACCAAAAUAUAAUAUUUAUAUAACAACAAUAUAUUAAAGAUGUGGAUACUACUUACAUUAUGUCAGAAUGUGCUGACAUUUGACAAGCUAGGAUGAAAUGUGACAUAGGUUUCUUUGGAAAAAUAUCAGGUGCUUAUCCAAUUUCAAUUGAAAUUAUUUCUAUAGCACCAAUUCACAACAAAUGCUGGCUUGAGGCACUUUCGUCAAGAUGGCGCCGGCGCAGCUGGCUGCCUGCAGACACAGCUCUCGUCGUGUGUGUUGGUCUGUGUAUAUUUGCUGUAACCGAUUAAGGAUCCGUGCUUGAAGAACCCAUGGAUCAUCAGUUGGGCUUUCCACAAUGGCUGGAUGUGGUUCUGUCAAUGUUCUCCGCGUUCUUCUGCUACUUUUUAUACUAUUGGUUGCGGAGAACCUCGCCGAGCGGAGUAGCGGCAUUGUUUGCUCGCGUGAACGGCUGAUUGCGCUAUGUGGGCCUCUGCUGCUGCCCCGAGACAGGCCUGUGGUCCCAGAGGAGUUACGGAGGAGACGACGGGGCUGCAGGUCUGGAGUUACACGGAGGUAGAAGAGGAGACGGCACAGGCCAGCGGUACCGGCGAUUAUUGUGGGGAAUGUGAGGUCUUUGGG